AUAAUAAUCAAUGAUAAGGCCAUUAUCUGAAUAUGAGUCAUGUUACAAGGACAUUAAAAUAAUUGGGAGGGGUCAAUUUGGUAAUAAGCAAUUAUCAUUCUUAAAGGGAUUGUUUAUUUAGUAUAGCAGAAGUCAACUUAGAAGGAAUUUGCAGCUAAAAAAAUAAAAGGAGAAUGUUCCAAUACAGAAUUGGAUAUCUUAUUUAGAUUGAAACAUCCCAAUAUCAUAAAUGUAUAUGAAUGCUUCAGAGACGAAAAUUAAAUAAUUAUAAUUAUGGAUUAUUGUUAAAGUAACAAUUGAUUAAAUGACAAUAGAGGGAGAUCUUUGGAAUAUGAUACAAUACAGGUUACUUGAAGGAAAGAAUAAAGGGUAUAUUUAGAAGGUGGUCGAAUAAUGGCUUGUUCAAUUACUAAUGGGAUUGGCUUACAUACACGAUAACAAUAUUAUCCAUAGAGAUCUGAAGAGUUCCAAUAUUUUAAUUAAGGAGGAUGGGCAACUGAAAAUAGCUGAUUUCGGAGUAGCCAAAGUAAUUUAAUAAGUGAUUACUAGAUUCUUGCAGGAGACAAAAUGGCUAAGACUAUAGCUGGUAGUCCAUUUUAUUUAUCCCCAGAAAUAAGUCAGGGCUAAGAUUAUACUUUCUCCUCUGAUUUAUGGUCCCUUGGAUGUAUAUUAUUUGAGAUGUGUACAUUGAAAAGGGCUUUUGAGGGGGACUAAUUUGAUAAAGUACUUGAAAACAUUCAGUAGCGAAGAUUGCAAUAGGAAAUACUGAUUUAGGAUCAAAUUGACCCAACUCUUUCGGAUAUACGAACGUAUAGUUAGGAAUUGGUAAACUUAAUCUAAUCUCUUUUGGAUGUAGAUCCUUAGAAACGACCUUCUGCCAAAGAACUGUUAAAAUCUUCAUAUAUUGCUAAAAUUAUGUUGUAGAGUUUUGAAAAGAAAAGCGUUAAAUAGUAGGAUAUGCAAAAAAUAGGUUAAGUCACUAUGAUGUAAAAAAAAGCACAUGAAAAAUAUUAAAAAUAAAUGAGCUAUGUUAAGUAACUUUUAGGAAACUCAUAAGAUUCCAUCAAUGCUCAAUCCUAAGUUUGUGAUAAUAUGUUUAUAAAAAAGUAAACAAGUAUUUGA